AUCAGCGGCAAACAGGGAAAGGGAGUCGUUGCCCUAGGUGGGCUCGGGACGGAGUAGAUUUUAGAAGGAAGAAAUUUCGGAGGAUGUGGCCUAAGCCAGGGAUAUCUUGGGUCGCGGGUGGGAACGUGGACUGCGGCCUGGCCGAGGGGCUUUGGAAGGAUCAGGGCGAAUCUACACUUGCGUCGGGGGAGGCCGGAGAUUCGGCCCUUUUGGGGAGCAUGCUGUGAAUGCCAGCUGGAUCGCUGUCCAGGAGCUGGAGAAACUGGGCCUUGGGGACAGCGUGGACCUGCACGUGUAUGAGAUCCCCGUGGAGUACCAAACUGUGCAGAGGCUCAUCCCAGCGCUGUGGGAGAAACACAGCCCCCAGCUCGUGGUGCAUGUCGGGGUGUCAGGCAUGGCCACCACAGUGACGCUGGAAAAAUGUGGCCACAACAAGGGUUACAAAGGACUGGAUAAUUGCCGGUUCUGCCCCGGCUCGCAGUGCUGCGUGGAGGAUGGUCCAGAGAGCAUUGACUCCAUCAUCGACAUGGACGCUGUGUGCAAAAGGGUGACCACACUGGGGCUGGACGUGUCUGUUACCAUCUCCCAGGACGCUGGCAGAUACCUGUGUGACUUCACAUAUUACACAUCGCUCUACCGGGGCCGCGGCCGCUCAGCUUUUGUCCAUGUGCCCCCCCUGGGCAAGCCUUACAAUGCUGACCAGCUAGGCCGGGCACUACGGGCCAUCAUUGAAGAGAUGCUGGGUGUUCUAGAGCAGGCAGAGGGAGACAUCAGCUGCUGCCACCAGCUCUGACAGCCAUGUACAUCUGGGUGCCAUGCUGUGAGAGGGGACACAACUGGGCUCAUGGAGGGUCCUGACUUACCUGCCCCUCUUGGUGGACCACAAGGGGAGUGAUGGGUAUCAUCCUGUGUCUGGGGACACUUCUGCUGUGCCCCAAGGCCAGGGCUAGGGUGAGAUGACCAGAGGCCUGCACACCUGCCCUGCCGCUACCCCCUGACACACUCUGCGUUUUCAGCUGUGUGGAUAAGGAGUUGAAGCAUUCUUUGUGGCGGGGGCCUCACAGAGUGUCAUAAAGUAGAUUGGCUGUAAUCUCUGCCCCAAACCCUGGACGUCCCUACCAAAGCCACGUGGGACUCGGCAGCCUUUUCUAUCCUCUCUCUGUCUCCGUCUCCCUGUCUGUGUCUCUGUCCCUGUCUGUCUUUGUAGUCCCCACCUCCCCAUCUGUGCUAGAUUAGGGAACAGAGUAAUUUAUAUUCCCAUUGUUAAGACUUCAGGCCUAACCAACAAGUGUCUUUUCUGUCUCCUGGGAGGGGAGGCCUCUUUUGCCUCCUAUCCUGAAAUGCCAUCAUACUUUGGGGCUCCAUUGUGGGCUCCCUUUGCUCGGGGAGCAGGCUGCUGUGGCCACCGAGGGCCAGGCCGCAGUGGCCUCCGGUGCCUGUGGGGAGCUGACCCUGCCGUGACUUUUCUUGUUCUCUUUUUUAGUUUUUUUUUCCAGGUUUUCAAAGGCAUUUUUAUUCACUAUUUUUGAUGACUAUAAAUAAGUGUUUCCUGUAUGGAAAAGAAAGUUAGCAUAGUACAUUUUCAUGACGGGGGAAUGGAUUUCUGAAGUCAUGUUCAAUGGUGUCAAAACUUGGAGGAAAAAAAA